UCCCUCUCUGUUCUUUCUUCUCUCUCUGUGCAGUGCAGACUACUGCGCCUACAACUCUGUAAACUACGCGCUCUGAUCAGAGGCACUCCGCUCUCCACACAGGGCUUGAGGACAUUACCAGCGGUUUAUGGAAGAGUGGUGCUUACACCUGAUAUGCUGCUUUUCUUUAACCAACUCUGGACUGUGUACACACUGGUAGACUUUUAGACAAUUUGGCUUUGGAUAUAAGCUGUGGAGCGUUGGAGAAUAAAGGAGAGGAAAGAGUGCGUUCUCCCGCCGAAGUGUUUUUUUGUGCUGCGCGUCCACACGUGGCUGCUUACAGCAGGGCUUUAAAGUACAGCCACCACCUCACAGAAAUGCUGAAGACAGUGUUUUUUUUUUUUUAUCACUGACGACUUAAAGCAGCCAGGAAAAGGGCUGAACUUUCCGAUUCGGUGAGACUUAAAUAAGCAAACAUCAGCACAAAAAGUAAAGAGCGGAAAGAAAAAAAGAAAAACUGACUCGCAGGGGGCUUGGCCCAAAACAAAGUUCAUUACCAUUAGCUUACCAACAAACCAAUAUUGGCUCUAUAAUUUUUUCUUUCUAAAAGCGUACCUCAUCAACCACCAAGAUUUCACCCAAAAGCAGACAAGAGGAUCGCCCUGCGCUGACGAGACUGGUCGGCAGGAAGCGGCUAAUAGCGGCUGGAGUGCUCGGAGUCGUCAUGGUGUUAGUGCUGGUGAUUCUGAUCCCAGUUCUGGUUAACUCCGCUGGAACUUCAGCGCACUAUGAGAUGCUGGGAACCUGCAGGAUGGUGUGUGAUCCAUAUGGAACCAAGUCACCGACCGCUACGGCAGACACGGUGCGAGCAGACAACAGCCUCAUGCAGUCUUUACCAACUUUUAUAACAGGUCCGAAAGGAGAACCGGGCCGCCCGGGGAAGGCUGGACCCAGAGGCAUCCCAGGUGAUCAGGGCCCGCCCGGUCCGAUGGGGCCACCCGGGGAGAAGGGGGAACCGGGACGGCCUGGACUACCGGGGCCACCGGGACCCAAUGCCGCGGCGGGGGCUAUCAGCGCGGCCACGUACAGCACCGUUCCCAAAAUCGCGUUUUACGCAGGCCUUAAAAAGCAGCACGAGGGCUACGAGGUGCUGAAAUUCGACGACGUGGUCACUAACCUGGGGAACCAUUACGACCCCACAACGGGGAAAUUUACCUGCUCCAUACCUGGGAUAUACUUCUUCACUUAUCACGUCCUGAUGCGCGGAGGAGACGGAACCAGCAUGUGGGCAGAUCUCUGCAAAAACAAUCAGGUUCGAGCCAGUGCCAUAGCCCAGGACGCUGACCAAAACUAUGAUUAUGCCAGUAACAGUGCCGUGCUGCAUCUGGAGCCUGGAGACGAGGUCUACAUCAAACUGGACGGGGGCAAGGCCCACGGGGGCAACAACAACAAGUACAGCACCUUCUCUGGAUUCAUCAUCUACGCAGAUUAGCUAACAGACCUAGCCUCAACCCUCAGUCAACCUACAGCCUCACCUCUCAAUCAUACGGAACACCCUCUCCAUGAUCUGUCCUAUAGCAACUAUAGUAACUAUAGGCCCUAGUUACUAAAGUUACUAUAGUGACUAAUACUAUAGCUGAGAGUUGAGGCUAUAGGACCUAGCCACAACUCUCAGUCCCUCCUACAACCUCAACCCUCAGUCACCUACUUACAGAACACCCUCUCCAUGUAUAGGACCUAGCCUCAACACUCAACCCUGAGUCACCUAAUAUCGCAAG